AUUUCUGGUUUACAGGGCAUAACGCAUCUAAACCAGGAUCAGAUCCUCGUUUGUCAGGUGCCUCUCUUUCGCCGCCAUUUAUUUCUCCUCAGCUCAGAAAGAAAACCUGAACUUGCUCAAUUCGUUAUCACUUCUUUUUUAUUAUCUUGCGCCACUCUAAUUACGACUUACUCGCAAUUAUCUUACCGGUAGUGGAAACAAAUCCGCCGUCGCUGCCGGUUGCACCAUCAGAGUCCGGGCACGGCGACAUACAUACCCCGUCCGUGAGGUACAAGCUUAAGCAUAUCAUCACUGCGGGAUAUCAAAGUCACUUUUGUCUGUUCACCCCUCCAUAUCCGUCGCUCGUUGCUCGCAAAGAACAGCCCAGCCCAGGCCAUUCCCAGACUCGCAGAGGCACAGACAGACAGAACAGAAGAGACAGGACAGGAACAUUGUAACGCCCCCACCAUUUCCCCAUCACUCGCAUUGCAUCAAUCGCGUCAGGUCUUCCAGGUUCUUUUACCCACGAAGUUUACCUUAAGUUACCUUGCUACGCCUAACUUUACACUGCGACGCCUAAAGUAACGCCCACUUCGGCCACUCUCGCCCGCUUUCACCCACUACGGCCCAUCGUUUGCCGCCCUCUCCGCCGCUGGACUUCAUUCAACUCGCUACCAUUAUAGCACUCUCCUCUUGGACUUCCCGGUGUCCAACUCGUAUUCUUCUAAACUCCCUCCACUUUCUUUUUAUCCUUCCUCCACCUUCCCUUCUUUCGAACCUUGGACUUCGGCCCGCCCCCCGAUUUCGCCCUCCAUCGCGAAUUGCUUCAACCCAUCAGCCCUCCAACACAAAAGCAUCAUGCCUGAAUACCGCCACGCCAGGAGCGGUAGCCUCAGCGUUGCUAACGGUGGUUCACACUCUCAGGCGAGCGCUAUGGCAAAUACUCCCCGCUUCGAUGGACCCCGAAGUCCCCCGAGUACGUUCUGUUCAUCCACUGUUGCUUUGCUUUGCUUUGCUGCGUGGUUGUUGCAUGUUGCACACGACCCCCGCCAAACCUUGAAUACCAAAUGUCGUUCCUACUGACACGACUGAAUUAUAGAUACGUCCCACGUUCCUUGCAAGUUCUUUCGUCAAGGUGCUUGUCAGGCUGGUAAUGCCUGUCCUUUCAGUCAUGAUCUGAGCAACGCUGCUGAGAACGUCUGCAAAUACUUUGCAAAGGUGAGUGCGCCAUAUCAUGAUCCAUCGCCCGCUACCAGCCGCAUCCGCCCCUCACCACGUCGCAACGUCUCCAAUCCACAGCAGCACUGACGAUCGUUUUUCAAUUACAGGGAAACUGCAAGUUUGGUCCGAAAUGCGCAAAUAUCCAUAUCCUCCCCGACGGUCGACGCAUCAACUACGGAAAGAAUGGUGUCACGAUAGGCAAUACUUCCGCCCUCGCGGGUCGAUCUAACCCCACCUCCGCAAGCAACAAUCAAUCCUCCACCAGCGCCCUUACUACCUCCCUCUACCGCGCUGACGUUCCAGCAUACACUUCGGCGUAUCCUUACGAUGAACAAGAUCAACAUACUCUCGGUCGACAGCCCAGUCUUGAGAAUGGUCUCCCAACCAUCGAUAUGUCCUAUACUGGAUCCAACUACGGUUCUCCCCGAGACGAAGAGUCCUUGCGCUUCGGCAUGGGACUUUCUCCUAUCAACAACAAGGGUCUCUCUGUCCUAGACGCUCCUCUCCCCGCAUCUUUCGAUUCCAAUGGCAUCUCCAACGCUGCUCGCUUCCCCGCUGGUCCAUGGCCAUCGUCUGUUCCCAACCAAUUUGGCAUCGAAUCGCCAACGCCUUCACUCAGCAAUGCUAAGGACUCGCGUACAUCGGAGACACUCAAGCUUUUACACACUUCAGCAUUUGCCAACGGGGAAGAGUAUUUUGGCAGACGAGCUAUGCACUCGUCCCGCUUUACCAAGCCCCGGAUGCUCAGUUCCAGCAUGCCUAAGACGUCUGUUGACAGAGACUGGGAGCCUGGUUUUGCUUUUGGUGACGAUGACGACAAUCUCCCCGAGAACUAUGUACCCGAAAACCUUCAAGACCUCUUGACUCCAGUCGAAAAGGCUCGCCGUGGCUCUAUGCGAGCUGACAGCGAUGUCGAGGGCUUGAGCAAGUACGGCAGUCCCAUCGGAACCAGCCCUAGCCGAUGGGGUCCUAUGUUCCAGCGACAGAAGGAAGAGGAGGAAACAUCUCGAUCUCUUCGAGGUGCCUCUGCUUUUGGUCACGUCGGAAGCCCACUCCGGAACUCUGUUCUUUCACAGGAGAUGGGAGGCACGAACGGAUUCGUCCGUCCGUCUUCUUUGCGAUCAGGCAGUGACGGCAUGUCCAUGCUUUCUCAGCAACUUCAGCGAAGCCGCCUUGAUGAUACUGCAGGCAAUUCUAGUCCUCUUCUCCACCCCGCGGCCGCUCGAGCUGGUGCUACCGCUAGUGCCAUUAGCCCGAUUAGUCCUAUUGGCAAGGAACGCGAGCGAGGUGGCAUGGAACGUCAUGUGUCGAGCGGUAGCAUCAGCUCAUCUAUGAAUGGCCGAUUCACUACCCCGAUCAACGAAGACGACGAGAUGUUCCACAUGGAGGGCAUGGAGGAAGACGGUGAGCCUUCUAUCAAGUCACCUAAGAGGACAUCAGCUGGCUUGGCCAAUGUCUGGAGCAGCUAUGCGGGUGCAGUCGCCGGCAAGCCUUCCACCAAUGGAACCAAGGGAGUUCCUGUCAGCGGCCGAUAAACGACCAGGCUGAAGGCGGAGGAUAGCGUCUUUGAACAACUGGUUUCAGUUUUAUCAGCCAAGCGUCGGAGUUGGUAGCUUAGACAAAAAAAAAAAAAGGAGGUGACGAGUUGAUGAGCCAUGAUCUUGAGCGGACAACACCACAGUCGCUACGACAUACUGCAUUUCGCCAACAAGCUUACGCUUGAGGGGAACGGACGAAAGAAAAAUAUGAGGAUGCAUGGCAAUUUAUUAUGGCCAAGAUCAAAAAGGAUAUAGGAUACACGGCCAGGAGUUUUGACAUUUUCUGUUUUCAUAUAUUGCUUGAUAAUCGCUAUCAUAUCAUGAACUGCUUUGGAAGGCAGAUGGAAUCUCUUUUCUGCCCACUCAGUUUUUAGGCUUGAUGAGGGUAACAAGCAAAGCCGACUGACUUGUAUGCUCGAUGCACAAUUGGGUCUCGCUGCUUGGUAUCUUCCUAUUGGGCAUGGUGUUUUGGGGAGGUUCGGAUCUACAAAAACAACUUCAAAUAGGGGUUAAGACCUCGUUAGAUAUAUCGAGGCAAAUCAUGUAUGAAAAUAGCUGCAUGUAUGGGAGGAUGCAUAAUGGACAUUGCGUGUUCACCGGGCCUGUUGGCACUGGAUUUACUUAGUACCCAGCCAUCUGCGGUGAUGUAAUGUUGAUUCUCGGCAGAUCUUUGGCUGUCUACGUGAUACUGAGGCCUGCGUACUAGUCAUGCUCCCAGGUGGAGAUGGGGAUAUCGGGAAUAGCGGCUAUGUGAGCUCUACAGGGAGCAGUCACAGGAUGUACGUAGAGAAAUUGGGCGUUUCUAUACACUAUACAAAGCCACAGAGUAGAGAUUCCACCA